CCUGCCAUACGGCGUACAAAAUGGCGUUACCAGCAGCCGGAACAGAGAAUUUAUUGCUUGUAACCGACUCUUAUAAGGUUACUCACCAUCUUCAAUACCCUCCAAACACAACCACUGUAUAUUCCUACUUUGAAAGCAGGGGUGGCAAGUUUCCAUCCACAGUGUUUUUUGGGCUACAGUACAUUCUGAAGCGAUGGUUGUGUGGAAAAGUUGUUGACAGAGAGAAGAUUCAGGAGGCCAAAAACCUGUAUGAGGCACACUUUGGGCAUGACCACUUCAAUGAAGAGGGCUGGAACUAUAUUCUUGAGAAGCAUGGUGGUCACCUGCCUCUGAGGAUCAAGGCCGUACCAGAGGGAACAGUUGUACCAUACAAGAAUGUCCUCUUUACAGUGGAAAACACCGAUCCAAAAUGCCACUGGCUUACUAACUACUUUGAGACCCUGUUGGUACAGGUUUGGUACCCAAUGACAGUGGCCACAAACUCCAGAUACCAGAAAGAGAUUAUAGCCAAGAACCUCGAUGAAACCUCUGACACGAUGGACAAACUGCCUUUCAUGCUCCAUGAUUUCGGCUUCAGGGGAUCUUCAUCCGUAGAGUCAGCGGGUAUUGGAGGUUGCUCUCAUCUUGUGAAUUUUAAGGGCACAGACACAAUAGCAGCGAUAAUGACUGCAAGGAAAUACUAUGGCUGUGCAAUAGCUGGCUUCUCAAUACCAGCAGCAGAACAUAGCACAAUCACAACAUGGGGUAAGAAGGGAGAGACGGCAGCGUUCAGAAACAUGUUGGAAAAGUUUCCGCGGGGUAUGGUAGCAUGUGUCAGUGACAGUUACAACAUCUGGGAUGCGUGUGAGAAGGUUUGGGGAGGGGAAUUGCGCGAGUUGGUCUGUAAUAGGAAGGACGGUUGCGUUGUUAUAAGGCCUGAUUCUGGGGACCCGCCAAAGGUUGUGGUUAAGGUGUUAGAAAUACUUAGCAAGCAGUUUGGUAAGGAGAAGAAUAAGAAAGGCUACUACCUGCUUCCCCCGUACAUCCGGGUGAUACAGGGGGACGGGAUCAGCUACGAGACCCUUGGUGACAUUCUUGAGAAUAUGAAGAAACAUGAGUGGAGCGCGGACAACCUUGCGUUCGGCAGUGGAGGGGCGCUACUGCAGCGACUAGACAGGGACACACAGAAAUGUGCUUACAAAUGCAGCUAUGCAGUUUGUAAUGGGGCAGAGGUGAAUGUGUAUAAGGAGCCAAUUACAGAUCUCGGUAAAAAAAGUAAGAAAGGGAGGUUGACCCUGGAGCUGGAGGACGGAAGCUUUGUUACCAAAGAGGAGGGUACUGGCGAUCCAAAGAAGGACCAGCUUGUUACGGUGUUCGAGAAUGGGAAAUUGCUACAGGACUACACCUUGGAUGAAAUUAGGAGGAAGGCCGAGAUUCAACUUCUUCUCGAUAGGGAAAUCCAACAGAACACUGUCUGACUUUGUUGAACUAAACUUUAUGUUGUGGUUUGUGGAAAUGACCAGAAGAUGCCUGUGUUACUGCCUUUGUUAUUUAUGUAUAGAGUAAAAUAUGGUGAAAAGUGAUAUACCUGUGUCAUGUGUUUUAGUUAUUGUCGAACCCUAGACAGAUUAUGCAAUGCACAUCACGUGUCAUUUUUCAAUGUUCUAAUAACUAAUUAGAUUCUGAUUAGCAAGCACUUUGCUGUUAGAGGUAAAAUGAAAUAAGAUUGUUUGGAAAUGAAAACAUAUCAGGCAUCGGGUACGCAAAUAUGUGAAUUCAUUAUUUGGGAUUUCUGGUGAGCCUCAUAUUAUUUUGGUUUCAAUUUGAAAUGUUUAAAAGAGAGAGAAGAAUAUGUAUAAGUUGUGCAUAAAAUAUAAUGUUAUGAACACCCUUAGAGUUUUGGCAUUUAAAUAUUGCAAAACAGGUUGUUCCUUGCCAGAUUUUACAGUUGGAAAACUAAAACUAAAACAUUACCAAUAUCUAUAAGGUAUUUUUAGUCAUUUUAGUAAUGCGCAUUCAGUACCCCUUCAAAGGAUAUCAAUAUAAUUAGAGGGCACAAGGUAUCAACAUAUAACAUUGUUUCAUGAAACCAUUACAAAGUGUAUUUGUAGGUCCAAUACCUAAUCAUAUAAUCUAUUUUGAAGAAGGUUCGUCUUCCAGCUCAUCAAAAUUGCCAGUUGUUGAUAUUCAAUUUCAAUUUAAGAUUUAUUGAAUGCAAACUAUAUUUAUUCCUCAAAUAAUAUUACAUAUAGAGGCCAUUUUGUCAAUGCAUGUAGUGUACUAUAGCUUUUUGGUUUCAAUAAUUCUGAGCAGUAAUGAAAUCUAUUGGAAAGCUAAUACCAGGCCCCAAUUUCUCGAAACUUCUUCAGCUAAACAGGCUUAAGUUGCUUAUUUCAAUUAGCCAAAAUACAUAAUUAAAUUGAAUUUUGAAAUUCCAUUUUAAAGUAUAUAAGCUCUUAAAAAAGCAAAUAAUUUGCAAAUUAUUGAAAAACAAAAAUAAGGAGCUUAGCUUAAUCCUGUUAUAAAUGACUUAAGAAGAUUCGAGAAAUUGGGGCCUGUAGUCUAACUUGUUUGUUGAACCAAGAUUUGUUAGGUUUUGCAUGUAAAUGAAUAAUUUUAAUAAUUAAUUGGUGACAUUCACACAAUGUUUAACUGAAGUAUUUGGUGUUCUGAUAUUUAGUUGUAUGCUUGUUAGUAAGAGGACUACCUAUGUGCAAACUGUAUUUUUUACACCCUUUUUCAUUUUGAUAACUAAAAAAUUGUUUGUUUGACAAACUCAUGUAAGCUUACGCAUAUAACUUGCUAAGAAUAAUAUCUAUGUUUUCAAAAAAUGGAAUAAUUUAGCAUAUGCACGAUAUGUGAUUAUAAGAAAAGUAAACAGUAGAAAAAUAUAUAUCUAUAAGAUUAAAUUUUGGACUUGUUGGUCCAAAAAUGAGUUUUUAUUCUGCACUUAUAUAUAUUUAUAACAUUUGAAUAAAUAUUAGCCUGAUGUUGUUUUAUACAUUGAAAGUGUUGUGUGUGUUUGUAAAAUGUCAUGCAAUUGAUUCUUUUCAUACUUUUUGUCAUUUCUACACUUUGAUAAUAGAAUAUAAUUAAUGAGUGCACAGCAAAUGAACAAGAAUAGUGAGCAAGUUUUGAUGUAGUGAACACCAUUGUUAUAUUAUUUAGUUAUGUCUGAAAAAACAUGUGUGCUAGAAAAGCAAUAGUUAUGUAUGUCCAUCUUUAUACCAACUAUUUUGUAAUUUGUUUAACAUUUGUUGAAGUAUGUAUAUUUUCAAUAUCUUUGAUAGAUUCUAUAUAACAAAGCUCAUAAUUACACUUACCAUAUUUAUGAUAGUUUCUAUAACACAAUAUUUAUAAUAGUUUCUACAUAAGAGCUCAUAUUUAUAUGUGUUUUAUCAUUUUGUUCAUUACACCAAUUUUAGACUUAUACAUUAUUUAGGUUUGUUACAUUUUCAUUCCAGAGGCUUUUGCGCUUUAAGUGUUAUGUUAUUGUUGUACACAAGAGUAUUACAAAAAAAAAUCUGUUCUGCAUACUAAUAUAUUUCUUUUGCAAUGUUUUUAAACUAAAACUCGACAAGAUUAAAUAAAAAAAUGUUAACAAGCAAUCCUGAUUGCGUUCAAUUAAAGGAUAUUUAUAUAUAUAUGCUUAUUUUUGCUUGUUCUAUAAUAGUCGAGACUUUUUUGAUAUGUCAUACUGGCUCUUUGUGUUUACUAUUCCUGGGUAAGUAUUCAAUAGUGGUCGUGGGUGAUUCUAGAAAUGGUUUAGCUAAUGGGAUCGCAUGAUUUCAAUAACAGGUCUUUACAGUGAAUGAAGUCAAUGUUGUAUGACCACCCAAGUUGAAUGUUGAAUACAACCUCUGGUCCAGAAAUGCAUCUCAUUGUGCUCAAGAAAAUUGCAAUAUCAUUAUCUAAACAUAAAUUCAAGCCAUGUUGACCGACAACCAGACAACGUGGACCUUUUACAGGGAUAUUUGUGGUCAAUAAGUUUUAUAUCUUUUUCACACAUUCAAUCAAAUCUACAUGUAUGGUGAUUUUACAUAAUCCAUUUAAAGUAAAUCCUAAGCUGUAUUCCUGAUAUUUUUAUGUCACAUAAACAACACAUUGUCCUUCAGUUUCUUUCUCAUGAGAUAAAUAUAUAUGGACAACUCUGUUUGAUUUGGAAUGUUUUGCUUUGAAUACUUACCAGUUUUAUUCUAAUUACUUAUUUGUUAUGCUCUAAAACAGCUUGUAACUUUCCUGUUUCACGUGGAAAUCAUGUUAACCAGUCUACUUUCAUAAAUAAAUUUACUAAUCUUA